AUGGACAAUAUGGAUGGGCAUUUGGGACUGAGUGAGUGGCCCUCGUCUUUUGUACCUAACGGCACCCCAAAUACCGAUCUGGGGCUUACACUUUCCCCCGGAUCACAGUCUUCGCCAUGCGAUUCUUUGUUUGGGAGUCCCUUGAUAGCCGGGGGUGAAGAAACUGUCGCGAACAACCCAUAUGGCUCAUCUGAUCCAUUUCCUGUCGAAAGUCAGGGCUUUGACCUCGAUAUCGACCUCGACCUCGGCCUUGAACCAAACUUCGAUCCUUUCGAAGGCUUGCAUCCAACCUCUGCUCAGUCGGAAGCUAUCAACCAAGUUGUUGUCGGGACCUCCCAAGCAUCCAAUGAAAUAGCCACCCAGCCUUCGGGUUCUCCAUGUAAAAGGGUUUAUGAAGAUGUUUCUUCCAAUGGCGCCCAGCAGUCUCCUCCACCCCUCCCACCUCCCAAGAAACAAAAGCUUGCGAGCCAGAUGUCAUCAGACGGCCUUCCAGCCUUUUUGAACCCAAAUCAACGCCAGCCGUCGAUAUCCUCUCACAUCGCCCCAACACAUCCUCCGUGCCCUUCAGCCAGCAUGAUCUCGAAGGAAAAGUUUGCUAUCGAACCCUCCGACUUGGAUGAACAUUAUGCCCGCGAGGUGACUACCUUCAUUCCGCCCGACACGCACCAUGCCUCACCCUAUCAGCCAGUCGGGUACAAUCCUUCUACCCCAAGCAUGCAUUCCAAAGUGGUGCACGUCAGCAAUGACACUCUUCAUCAUCGUCUUGCAAAUGCUCGACGGCGAGCGGAUGCUGUGACAGCAGACCGCAACAAACUCCGUGAGGCUUUGCUGCAGUACACAAGCGUUGAUCCUCAGACGGGUAAGCUAGGAAUACAUGCUCUGGAAUCCCAGCUUACUACUCUACGGCGUGUAAACACUGGCCAUCAGCGGCGCGCAGAGACGCAGAAAGAAGAAACCCAGUUCUGGAAACAAAGGUUUGUAGAGAUUUCGAACACAUACAACUCGCUCCUUUACGACUACAAAUGUCUGCAAUCAGGCUUGCCAUCUCCUCCCGCAUCUUCAACUAGUAGACCUAACAGCUUGUCGGCUCGGUCUUCUCCUACUAACGCUGCCGCCGCCGCCGACGCAACCAAUGUAUCGAAUCUCGCCUCGCCUGUCACGUCUUCGAGCAACCAACCUAAAAAUCACUUGGUCCCAUCGUCUGCUAUUUCAACGACUAUCUCGCUGUCCAACUCCCCUACUGCGCUCCCCCAGGAUACGACUCAAGUGAUCGAUCUGACACUUGACGAUGACGCAGAGAACGUGAGUCCCCAAGGAUCUGAAACCGUCACACCGAGAGAAAACGCCCAACUAACCCAAUUUCACCGUAAUAUUAGGCAGAAACAAAUGAAAUGGCUCCAUAGCACUGAAUCAACCAAUGAUGCUGCUGACCGCAUCUUGAAUAAACUGAAUCCCAAGCACCGGACGGGUAUCAUCGAAGUCGGCGUCAACAAAUGCUACAACAUUAUUGAGACUCAGAAUGGACUCCGCCUGCAACUCGGAGGGCCCUUCAAGCAGCUCAUUACCACCAGUCAAAACACCGACCAUGAAAACCCCACAAUAUGUAGCGAGGAUGCGGCUGAUCUCUACAACCCUACUCAUGAUGAACUCUGCCAAAUGAUGGAAGAGGAGCUGGCCGGUGGUAGCGAUGAAUUGAUUGAAACUCACGAUACCGACAAUGAGAACUUGCAAGGAUCAGCAGGAUGA